ACGAGGUACAUCUUCCUAAUGCUUCCCCCGUUCCUCUCAAGAGGAAGAAGGCACAAGAUAUUCCUCCAGUCCAAAUGAAGAGGAAGAAAUGGGCUGCCCCCUUCUGCGUGGUCCACCGCGAAAUUGUCCCUGUCCUUCCGACCCAGAACACUCGUUCGGAGGACAACAAAGAGAAGGCAGAGAUUGGUCUGACAAGCGAGGCGACACCCUUUGCACCCACUCGUUUGGAGGAGAACCGAGAGAUGGCCGAGAUUGGCCUGCCAAGCGAGGUGACGCAGGAGGAGGCCGAGGAGCCUGCACAUCUGGGGAUUGUGAGUCCAGCCCCAACCAUUGUGCUGCAGCAGGAGGAUAAGCAGGUAAUCAUGGAGGAAGCAGAAAACAGUCAAACACCCAUUGCACCCACUGGUUUGGAGGAGAACCAAGAGAAGGGCGAGACUGCUAGUCUUCUAAUCGAGGUAACGCAGGAGGAGGCUGAGGAGAGUGCUCAUCUGGGGAUUGUGAGUCCAGAGGUAAUCAUGGAGGAAGCAGGAAACAGUCAGACACCCGUUGCACCCACCCGUUUGGAGGAGAACCGAGAGAAGGGAGAGACUGAUGGCCUUCCAAUCGAGGCGAUGCAGGAGGAGACCGAGGAGAGUGCUCAUCUGGGGAUUGUGAGUACGGCCCUAACCACGGUGCAGGUGCAAGUUCAGGGGGGCAGCAAUGAAAUCAUGGAGGAACAGGAGAUUGGCGUGGAAGUCUUGUACUCUGGCCAUUCAUUGAUGGUUGACACUCCCAACAUUGAUGGAGUAAGUGGACGUGGACGCGGACGUGGACGUGGACGUGGACGUGGACGCGGACGCGGACGUGGAGGCAAUAAGGAGAAACAAACGGAAAAGGAGGAUGCUGGGGAAAGCAGCCAUAGCCGCGGUCGUGGCCGUGGCCGUGGCCGUGGCCGUGGCCGUGGCCGUGGCCGUGGACGUGGGCGUGGGCGUGGGCGUGGACGCAGCACUGCGGAUAUGCCGGAGAAGGCUGCUUCGAGCUCAGAAGAUUGUCGGGUGUGGCUGAUAAAUUCAGAAACUUUUCAAUUGCCUCACGAGGACAAUUGGCUACAACGAUUGACACGAGUUGAAACAAAUUAUGUGGAUGGCCACGAUAGAAGUACAACAUCAGCAUUGACUCUCCUCACUAUUGGUGCUUCAAUGGACAUAGACGAUAGUGGUACAAGAAAUCAUAAUUUGACUCGCGAAGAAUUUGCAAGAACAAAUCUGACAAUAGGGAUGGGCGUCAACAUCAAUGGUGAAGGGACUUCACAUGAUGGAGGCGAUGGUGUGGACAGAAAUUGCACAGGAAGGAUAAAGCACAACUGAAAAAUUAUGGACAACUGA